GGCACGGACGAGAUUCUACGAGUUAUCAUCACGCAGCGGUAGUCGAAGUUGGAGCCAUGGUGCUCCAGAAUAUGUUUAGUGCACUUUCAUUUCUUCACUACAGAAAAGACGAUGAUUUUGUUGACAGAUUAUCCUACUUUUAUACUUCAUCGUUUCUCAUUAUGAUGGCCGUGUUGGUUAGCUUCAAGCAGUUCACAGCCAGUUGGGAAGCUUACACGGAGAUGUACUGCUGGGCGCAGAACACUUAUUGGGUUCCUAUCGAUCAGGACAUCCCAGUUGAUAUAUCCGAACGAGAAUAUCGUCAAAUAUCCUAUUAUCAAUGGGUGCCAUUCUUUCUUCUUAUUCAAGCUUUUCUCUAUUAUAUUCCGUGUCUUAUGUGGAGAUUCAUGAGUGAUAAAUCCGGUAUGUCUGUUCGUUCGUCUAUUUUUUUGCGAUCCUUCGAAAGGCUCACCGCCUCAUCGCGAUUGGGAGGUGUUCCUGUGUAG